CAUUAUAAUUCAAGAAGUAGUAAAGUAUAUUUGAACAUUAGGGUCUUAGGAUAAAAUUCACCUUUUAAAGUUGUUAGCCUUGAAGUAGAUGUCAUCUAAAUGAGUGUUGUUUAUUUUACAUUUUAGUGAUAUUAGUCGUAAUUUCACGAUUAUAUGGCUCUGAUGUUUGACUUAUGUUUUGUGACAAUUUGGAAGAGGCAUGUUUUAUCCACGUAUCGGGGAGAAAAGUGCAAGUUCAGUAGUGGUCAUCUGGAUUUAUCUCACCGUGUGGUGCGCUGCGUCCAUAGCACCUUGCGACAAGACACGCAGGGUGUUCACCGAGCCCAGCGGAGUUAUCACGGACGGCCCUACGACCUCUAACUAUACACAAGAUUCACAUUGCGAAUGGCUCAUAAAAGCAGCAAAUAAAAGCCAAUACAUAACACUGAGCUUUAUUCGUAUGGGAACAGAAUGUUCUUACGACUAUGUCUUUGUAUAUGAUGGUGAUUCUUUUGAUGCACCUCUAUUAGGAAGUUUCAGCGGUAAAACCGAACCACAAAAUGUCACCGCUUCCAGUGGAUAUAUGUUAAUACUGUUAUACAGUGAUACAAACUAUGUAUUGGAUGGUUUCCGUGCAACAUAUGCAAUUCACAACUGUCCAAAUAAUUGUACUGGGAGAGGACUUUGUGUGUCACAUAAAUGCUUUUGUGUGGUAGGUGUGUGGGGUGGGCCUGAUUGUAGUGUGGAACUAUGUCCAAAUGGAUGUUCAGGCAAUGGCCAGUGUAAAGGCGAUGGCUGUCAAUGCAAAAAAGGUUAUUCUGGAGAAUCAUGCUCUUUGAAAAAGAAUGACAAAGAAGGCAAUAGUUGGCAUUGGCUUUCGCACACUGAAAGUGGUAUGACAAAGAGAGCUGCUCACACUGCUGUUUAUGUAAACCACACCGACUCUCUAUAUGUCUUCGGAGGAUAUGAUUUGAAUAGAGUUUUAGGCUUACUGGAAAUUUAUAAAUUUUCUACUAGUCAAUGGUAUAAUGAAAAUGGAAGAGUUUUGAAACGCUACCCAACAACAGAAGAGAAUGAUAAAUCAUUAUUGACUCUAUUUACUAAAGGUAAUAUUGAUGGCAGCUGGCAGAUAGGAAAUAGGAGUUCCUUGUUUAAUUUACUCUUAGCAUCGUUUUCUCACCAUGACAAAACUACAUUACCUCUUAUGUACACACCUACACCUUAUUCUGAGAGUUACCUGCAAUUUACUGACAGGCCAGAGUUCCUUUCCUCUGGUAUUAAAUCUAACAUUUCCAAGCCUGAACCGAGGUAUGGUCACGCAGCUUGUUCCUUUUGGACGGGAUUCAUACUCUAUGGAGGGAAAUUAUCAGAUGGCAGCUUAUCAUCAGAGCUAUGGUAUUAUGAUGCAGUUUAUAAUUCGUGGACAUUAAGAGCUGUAAAUUCUACGUUCACACCACCUGGAUUGACUCGACAUACAUUGACGGCUGUGAAUGAUGAAUUGUAUUUAUUUGGCGGCAGCACGGUGGAUGGAGAAUUUUCCUCAAGUUUGUACAAAAUUAAGCUCGGUGAUGUGAGUAAUGAGUCGUGGGAGAAGGUCCAAGUACGCGGUGGCAAGGAGCUGGACGUGCGAGUUGUAUCACAUACUGCGGUAUAUCAUUCACAUUCUAACUCUCUCUUGGUGUACGGAGGUGUAGUGGCCAGUGUUGCAAGGUUUUCAAAAUUAUCUGAUCGCAUGUUUGCUUUUGACUUGGAUUACAAACAUUGGAGUGAAAUACAUUAUCCUAGAGCACACCUUCGUGAUACUUAUGUGCCUAGAGAGAGAGCUUUUCAUACAGCAAAUAUUAUUGGCAAUUAUUUAGUAGUUUUUGGCGGGUACUCUCAUAGACAUAACAGAGAAGAAAUUUGUUAUGAUGGACAAAUGUAUUUAUACCAUCUGGGUUGUCAUUCGUGGAUACCUUUAGAUGUUUUGGGUAAAACUCGAAAGAUAUAUCCGAAGAAGCAAGGAGUUUUUGCUCAUGCGGCAGCGUUGAAACCUCCUUCCACUUUACUAAUAGUUGGCGGAUAUCAUGGAAAUGUUAACGGUGAUUUAUUAGCAUAUGUAGUACCCAGUUGGCAUGCUGGAAUUACGAAUAAAGAUCCAGAAUCGGCGUGUCCAAAGCACCGCAGUCAACCAGAGUGUCUCGCCGAUCCGGAGUGCGGCUGGUGUUCUGCUGACGAUAUCUGUUACGGGAGGACAAUCGGAUCUAAUUGUACAACAAACUUGCAAUCGAUUCGAUGUGGCGGAAUUUGCCCGGCUCUGGGCGAUUGUCACUCGUGUCUGAUACAUGGCCCACCGCUGGAGAAGUUGAACACAACUCGAAAGGCUUUGCCGUCUGUUAGCACCAAAUUAGGACUAUAUCAGUGCAGCUGGUGUGUGCAAAAUGCACGUUGCCACCACAAAGAUGAUAACUACGGAGUUUGUGGUGAAGAUACACCAUCGGAAAAUCCCGGAUGGUGGGGAAACACCGGUACCGAAGUGACAACCCCGGAAGAAUGUAAAAUACUGGACAAGAGACCGGGACUGACGUUCCUGAGGUAUCAGCAGCCGGCGGAUUGGAAUCAUCCCGACGGAGUUUCGGUAGUGAAUGCCACCACCGUGGACUGGGGCACGGGCGGCGGCAGCAAUCACAUCUUUGUCGGGUCCAGUGAGGCGCGCCUGAGGGGCUGGCUACAUAUACCACAGUAUUGGAACGGCACAGGGGAAAGUUUACACAUUUGCGCCGGUCAUUCCAAUAUCUCUCUCAAUCUAGGCGAUAAUCCCGUUUCGGUCGCCAAUUUAACAGCGCAGCCGUCGGCGUGCUCCCUUGUCGACUGGCCGGCUCUUUUCCCCGGUCGACUCUCUGUGGAUAUGCACGCCAACGAUUCCUUACACACGGGCUUAUAUCCGUCACAUCAUCAUUCCAAAAUGGAACUUCUUCACAAUAAAUCUCAAGAAAAUGCCAAGGUUUUUACAUUUGAAUUUCUAGAGCCUUACUCGAGCGGUCAAUGUUCUAAUUACGAUAAUUGCUUACUCUGCCUCUCCGAUGCUGCGUGUGGAUGGUGCGAGGUUACAAACCGCUGUGAAGCUAGAAACACCGACGAGAAAACAACUUGUUCGGCCGAAGGCGAGUGGAGAUAUCUGACGUUACAACCGGCGGCCUGUCCCAAUUGUUCUAACUAUAUAAGCUGUGAGAGAUGCGUCUCGGGCAACUACUGCGAAUGGUGGGCGGACGAGGCGAGGUGCUCGCGUCGGGGCCGAGCCAGCGGCGCCAUUGUGGAGGCGAGCGAGUGCCCGGCGCCCUGCCGCAUGCGCCUCGACUGCGAGCACUGCCUGGACGAGCGCGGCCGCUGCGUCUGGUGCGAGGCGACCCGUCAAUGCUUCAGCUUCAGUGUGUACACCAGCGAGUACCAGUUCGGCUUGUGUCGGGAGUGGCUCGACCGCGCCUCCACACCGCCCACCGACGAUACCGCUCGGAAGUCCGGCCAGUGCAAGUCGUGUCAAGCGCACACGCAGUGCGCCACUUGCUUGCGCAGUAUGGGAUGCGGUUGGUGUCAUUCUUUCGAAAACCCUAUCAACGGCAUUUGUACGGAAGGUGAUUUCACUCGUUCCCACGUGGAUUGCGCUUCUCUCUUAAAUGUGACAUCGACGGAUGCGGGGUGGGCGUAUGCUCAGUGCCCCGACGUGGACGAGUGCGGCCUCGGCCUUCACGACUGCCACGAGCACGCCAUCUGUAACAACACGCACGGCUCCUACACUUGUAAAUGUAAGCAAGGCUACAUUGGGGACGGUAAAAAAAGUUGUAUGCGAACCUGUUACAAUAAUUGCGUGCACGGCUAUUGCGGCGGCGCUCCGCAGUACAAAUGUCAUUGCGACCUCGGGUGGACCGGCGCCGAUUGUUCCAUUAACUGCGGAUGUCACAAUCAUUCCACCUGCAAGACCGGAGUGGGCCGUUGCGACGAGUGUAAGGACUGGACGGAAGGCGAGUUUUGUGAAUCUUGUAAGCCGGGCAGUCACGGCAACGCGACGACCGGGCAAGGCUGCCGCAGGUGUGACUGCAACGAUCACGGGGACGAAGCUCGCGGCGUUUGCGACUACGCGACGGGAGAAUGCAUCUGUAAAGACAACACCGAAGGCCAAAACUGCGAGCGCUGCAAAGCCAAAUUUUAUGGUGACCCUCGGCACGGUGGCAGAUGCUAUUACCAAUGUGAACCGAGAGGAAUGUUAAAUGCGACGCAGACCGAAGGUAUCGGCUCGUUCAUGACAGAUCCCGACGUUAAAUCACUGGGCCCAUCGAAGGAGUGUCUAUGGAUUAUAUCUGCUAGUAAUAUUAAAGACGCCACGAUUCAGUUUAGAAUUAACUCCUCCCAUUUCGACGUGCCCUGUGAUGAAAACGCCGUUUAUGUUUACGACGGGCUCGGCGGCGUCCCAGAUUUGAAUAAUAAUCAACAAAGUCAACUGUUGGGCGUGUUUUGUAAUGGAGCUUCUUCGGGAGUAGUGGAGGCUCGGAGCGGGAAUUUAACCGUGCAUUAUAAACAAGGUCAGCCGGAGCAAGGCUUCGAAGGAGUAUAUGAGGUACUGGCUUGCGACGACUACUGCACAUGGCCCAGAGUUUGCAACAAGAGGCAUUGCGUUUGCCGAGACGGUUACGGAGGUCCAAACUGUGACAUUGAAAUUUGUCGAAACAACUGCAGCGAGACGAUUAAGGCUGGUGUGUGCGAUACUAGCUAUGGACGAUGUCUCUGCAACGAGGGAUUCGGAGGGGACGAUUGUUCUGUAAAACUUGAUAAAACUCAACUCGUCUUUACGGAGCUUUUUAACUCUGAAUUUCUGUCCGAUAACCUAGAUCACCUGAGAAAGACGUUACCCAGAUUUGGGCACAGUUUGGUUGCUGAUAGACGAGGUUUGUGGAUGUUUGGAGGAUAUUCACUAUCACAUGGCCCUUUGAAUGAUAUUAGAUUUUUCGAUACCAAAAACAACACCUGGAUGCAGGUAACCGUUGAAGCGACACCGGAUGCAAAAAUGCCCGAGCGCCGGUACUUCCAUGCGGCUGAAAUUUAUCAUUCCAAGCAAAACAUUUAUAUCUACGGAGGUUUGAGUUUACAAGAAAAAAGUGGAGAAAAUAAAAUUCUUGAUGACUUUUGGCAGUUCAGCUUGAAAGAUCAGAGGUGGAGCAAUAUCAAAUCCAAAAAUGAAAAGCCACCGGCACUAGCGGGACAUACAUUGACAUUACAAAAGUAUCAAGAUUACGAAAGUCUAGUUCUUAUCGGGGGCUUCUCGAUGAAUGAAGGAUUUAUGUCUGAAAUCUGGGAAUUUGAUCUCGAUAAUGAAAAAUGGAUUAAACUUCGUUGUACAGGAUCGAUGCCGUCUGGAGUCAUAGGACAUAGCACUGUUUACCAUGCUCCAUCGCAAAGUCUUUACGUGUUCGGUGGAAUAUUGUACGUUUACAAUGGCACUAUGGUCUCCGAUAAGUUAUUCUCAUUCCAUUACCCCACAAAAACUUGGAGUGAGCUGCCCAGCUUCUUGAAUAUACAUAAUGCGUUCGAAUCAUUGCCGCUUGCGACCUAUUUACAUUCCGCAGUCACCACAAACGAUUACAUGAUUGUAUUUGGGGGCAGAACUGAGCCAGAAAAUCGAUCCAACGCUCUCAUAGCCUACGUAUACGAAUGUAACCAAUGGGUCAGACUUGUAAAAGGAGUAAGUAUAGUGGAUCACCCUCCGCCGCGCACCAUCGCCCACGCGAUGGCGAUCGAUGUUGAAACCGACAGCGAAGGUUACAUCUACAUAAUCGGCGGUUGGACGGGAAGUGCCAACUGCCAAGUGACUCGGAUAUCUCUGCCCGAAGAUUUAUGCUCUCUAUGGAGCUCGAACAAGUUGGAAUGUAGAAGUCACAUGGGCUGCAGUUUCUGUAGUACUAGCAAUUACACGAAAUGUUACUCCGUCAACAAGCCCGGCUGUGAGGGUAGUGAUAGAGUUUCCACGAAUUCAGGCGCCGCUUGUGACUUUGAACUUAUUUCGAGUCGUUCAUGUGAGAAUUUCACAACGUGCACGUCUUGUCUCGCCGCCUGGCCGCUGUAUCCGGAGGAAAAACCCGCCUGCAGGUGGUGCGAGUCUUGCGCGGCGGCUGUCGGCGAAUGUGUACCAACGGAUGAAUCUUGUACAAGUAUCAAAUGUAAUGCGGGAACUACUUACAUCAGUGACGUAGAUCAAUGUCCGGAACUAAGGUGUCUGGCCUCAGACUGUGACAAAUGCGUAUCCAACCAGUGCACCUGGACUCGGUACGCCAGUAGAUCAGGUCAAGCAACAAAAAUUGUGGAAGAUAACAUUGAACUUUUUAAUUGGACGUGUGCGCUCAUCGAUGAACCCGGCCGCGCUAGUCUCAGGCCCAGGACAAAAGAGGAGUGCCCCAGUCGGUGCAACCAAUUUACAGAUUGUCAAUCGUGUCUCAGCUCCGACGGGGCCGAGGGUGGAUUCUCCGAAUGUCACUGGGCAUCAUACCUGGGGACUUGCAUAUCGCCAGCGUAUCAACCGAUUAUAUGUGCGGGUGGCGUUUGUGGGCUGGUACUGACGAAGGCGGACAAGAACAAGUGUCCAGCGCCGUGCGGCACGUUCGAGCAAUGUUCGGAGUGCUUGCGUCACUCGCACUGCGGCUGGUGCGCGCUGGAGGACGCCAAUGGCGAGGGCGUGUGCUCCGAGGGCUCGAUCGAGUCCCCGCUCGAUUACACGACGCGCACCACCUGCGCCGCCGUCUACGCCACUCUCAACCAGAGCAAUAACACCAAUGAAACAUUCUCCUGGCACUACACUAGAUGUCCUCCCGAAAACGAAUGUGAGAACAAUCAUCAUCAAUGUAAAGCCGAGUCUGAGGUUUGCGUGGACUUGCCGGAGGGGUACGAGUGCGCGUGCGGCGCGGGCUACAAGCGCGCUACGGGCGCGGCGGGCGGCGGGUGUGCGGCGGUGUGCACGCAGGGCUGCGUGCGCGGCGCCUGCGUGCAGCCCAACGACUGCCGCUGCGACUUCGGCUACGUGGGCGCCAACUGCACCAUACAGUGCCAGUGCAACGGACACUCGCACUGCGAGGGACCCGACAAACUCGACAAGUGCAUCGAGUGCCACAACAACACCAUGGGAAAUCAAUGUGAGAUCUGCAAACCGAACUUCGUGGGCGACCCGACGGACAACGGGCAGUGUAUCCCAUGCUCGGUGUACUGUCACGGCCACACCAGCGUGUGCACCAGCGACGUGUCUGACGUGGCGCUGACGUCACGCGACCCGCCCGCCGACGACGAGUACUACCGCGAGGGCUCGAAGGCGCGCUGCGUGCGUUGCGCCAACAACACCGACGGCCUCAGGUGCGAGCGCUGCAUCGAGGGGUACUUCAGGGGCUCCGAGGACUUCCGCGAUCCCUGUCGACCUUGCGAGUGCCACGGUCACGGCGACACUUGCGACCCUGUGACCGGGGAGAAGUGCAACUGCGGCAACAACACGGAGAGCGACGCCUCCUGCCAGGCGGCCGGCGCCAGCAAGAACACUGCGCAGGAGUGCUGGCGCUACCAGUGCGUCAAGUGCCGCGACCUCUACAUGGGUGACCCGCGCAACGGCCACCAGUGCUACAAGACCAUCAACAUCGAGAACAAGCUAUGCUUCGACGGAAAGUCGAUCGACGAAUGCAAAAUAAAGCCACGUCCCCUUUAUCCCGGUCAAACUGUCUUCGUAGCCGUCAAUCCGAGAUAUAUGAAUGUGGACAUACGAGUUAUAGUCGACGUGACGCAAGGAGCCGUAGAUUUGUACUUGAGCCCGAACGACAGCUCGUUCGUGGUGUCGGUGAACUCGACGACUGGCGCGCACGCGGUCGAGUUGGACCCCACCUACUACAAGCACGACCAGUUCCGAAAGAUACCGUCCCUGGACGACCCGGUACCGGAUAGCCAGCACUUCACCUGGUACUAUGACAAAACGGAGAUAUCGCUAGCCGAUUACACGGCCACGGAUCUGGCCACGUACGUCACCGUCGACAAGAGGAACGUAUUACUGCGCGUCCGUAACCUGCGCAACCGUCUGGUCCUCACUCUGCCGGAGAAAGUGCACGAUCUCUCCCACACCAAGUUCUACAUUAUAAUCCACGCGCGGCACGUGGAGGACGGCGCCGCCAGUUUCGGCAUAACCUUCUUCCGCCAGGACCAGCUGCACAUCGAUCUAUUCGUUUUCUUCUCGGUGUUCUUCUCGUGCUUCUUCCUAUUUCUGGCCGCCUGCGUUGUCGCCUGGAAGGCGAAACAAGCUGCAGAUGUACGUAGAGCUAGGAGACGUCACGUCGUAGAAAUGCUGCACAUGGCGAAGCGGCCGUUCGCGGUGGUGCGCGUGGUGCUGAGCGGGGCCAUGGCGGGGCCGGUUGCGCGGCGGCGACGUGCGCUGGACCUGCGCCCGGUCGCCAUCGAGCCCACCAGCGACGCGCGCGCCGCCGUCACCACAGUGCUCGUCAGGUUGCCGGGCGGGGCGAGGGCGCCGGUGCGGAUGGCGCUGGCCUCGGCUCUGGUGCUGGUGUCGCGCAACCCAGCGCAGCGCCCGCGCGCGCGCCGCCCUCUCUCAUAAGCUGACUAAUCUGACGUCUGCUGACGUAUGCUGACACAUGCGUCAUAGUUAAGGCCAAAUCGUUCUAGCUCAAUUCUUAUAAAUGACACAUUAUUUCAUACCUACAGUAGAAAAUUAACAUUAAAUUAUUUUGAUACUGUGAAGCUACACAGAAAGAGGUCGCCAAUAUUCAUAUCAUUAAUCAGCUAAUCUAAUAAUUGUGAUUUAAUUUGUAGGUGUAAUAUGUUUUCAAUAAAAUAUCUCCACUUUCCAAAC